UCACAAUUUGUAGGUAGUACAAGAACUGAAAAAUAAUUUUUGGUUGCCAGUAUACCUGUAGUCGUUGCACUGAUCAGUCGAUAGUUUUGUGAUAAAUUAUUUCUCAAGUGAAUUAAAUUAUUAACCAUGGGACGUGAUUCUAGAAAGGUUUCAAGAGAACUUCGGAGUUCUGAAAAAAUUAAUAAGUCGCGUUCAGUCAAAAGAAAGAAUGUUUUUAAUCCGAAAACAGCCGAACGUGAUGAAAGUAUUCAGAGUACAUCUUCUAAAAAAUUAAAACAAAACACUGAAGAUGAUGUACCUGAAGACAGCAGUACUGAAUUUCGAAUAAUAAAUUUUAUUCAGGUAUUCACUGCAAUUUCUGCUCUUAUAAAAUGUAAAAAAUGUGAUGGAAAUGUAGUGUUUCAAACAGCAAGUACACGUGGGCUGGGAUUCAAAAUUGUAGUUGCAUGUAAUAACUGUGGAAAUGAAUAUAUUCCUUCCUGUUCUUUCGUUGGGCAUUCUUAUGAAAUAAACAGACGUUUCAUUUUUGUAAUGAGAAUACUAGGAAUAGGAUACGAAGGAUUGUGCAAGUUUUGCGGCCUGAUGGACAUGCCGUCUUUUUUAGAUAAAUCUACGCAUACAAUUUUACUGAAACAGAUUUUGAAUUGUAGUAAAGCCGUCGCAGAAACCUUCAUGACGAAAGCUGUGAAUGAAGAAAAGCAAGCAAUGCCAACAACUGAAAAUGAAGAUAUAAAUCAUCUAACUGUAUCGGGAGAUGGAACCUGGCAAAAACGGGGAUAUACAUCGUCAUUUGGAGUUUCUUCUAUAAUUGGCUAUUUUACUGGAAAGAUUCUUGACAUAAACAUUAAAAGUGCAUAUUGUAAGCUAUGUGAGUAUUGGAAAAAAAAAACAAAUACUGUUGAGUUCGAGGAAUGGUAUCAAUCGCAUGAAGAUGUGUGUUCUGCUAAUCAUCAAGGGUCUUCUGGGAAAAUGGAGGUGGAUGCGAUGGUCGAAAUGUUUUCGUAUUCUGAAACUAAAUAUGGAGUUAAGUAUGCCAACUAUAUUGGUGAUGGUGACUCCAAGACCUAUUCAGGAAUUAUAAAAUCAGAUCCUUACGAAAAUACAACUGUAAAUAAAAAGGAAUGUAUAGGGCAUGUCCAAAAGCGGAUGGGGAGUCGAUUACGUACGCUGAAGAGUAAACAAAAAGGUCUUGGUGGUCGAGGUAAGCUCACAGGAAAAUUAAUAGACAAACUAACUGUGUACUAUGGUUUAGCAAUACGCCGGCAUUGUGAUUCUAUUGAAAAUAUGAAAUCUGCUAUAAUGGCAACCUUUUAUCACUACGGCUCGAGUGAUGAAAAACCGAAUCAUGAUAUGUGUCCAAAAGGCGAAGAAUCUUGGUGCUCUUACCAGCGCGCUGAAGCAAGAGGAGAGCUUGAUACCUUUUCUCACGAUUAUUCUCCUUUACCUUCUGAUGUUUUAAAAGCUAUCAAGCCUAUAUACGAAGAUCUUAGUAAUGAAAAUUUACUUUCAAGAUGUGUAGGUGGAUUCAAUCAGAAUAAUAAUGAAAGCUUUAACCAACUAGUAUGGAAAAUAUGUCCAAAAACGGUAAAUACUAGUUUUACUAUCGUACAAAUAGCUGCAUACGUUGCUAUGUGUAUAUUUAAUGAGGGUAUAAAUUCAUUAUUAGUCUUGAUGAAUACACUAGGACUUAAUUGUGGGCCUAAUUCUCAUCGGUAUGCAGAAAGAAUGGAUGCUGCACGUAUCAAAGUAGCAGAUAAGCGCGCUAAUGAUAACACCCGAGAAGGUCGAUUGCAACGUAGGCACCAGCAAAUCGAUAUUUUGGAAGCUGCUAUGUCGGCUGAAGAGCUAUUAUAUGGUCCAGGAAUAGAUGACUCAGUAUGAAUCUCCAAGGACUUAUGAUGAUCACCGCAAAGGACUUCGGGAGGAACGGGCUCUACAAAAACAGCGAUAACUUUUUGAAUUAUUAAUUUUUUUUUUUGAAAUUUUCGUGAAGUCAAAUCGAAACGUGUUCUAAUAAAGCUAUGUUUUUAUUUUUGUCAAAUAAAGUAAUUAACUACAAAAAAAAAAUUAUUGAAAAUCAUCAUUUUUUCAUACCCCUGAGU